UUUGGGGCGGGCUUACGUUCGGGUUUCAUCGUCCCGGUCUCUGGGCCCUUUUGUCUCUUGUAUUUACACCCUUGAUCCCCUCGCGAAUCGGUCCCCACUUUUGCUCCAAUCUCGCCUCCAGAGGUUUAGGGAAUCUACCUACUCCGUAACGGACACCAGCUCUUCGUUCUCUUCCUCUUGUCGUCGCGUCUCUCGAGAAAAGUAGGCGUUGCCCAGGAAAAGAAGCAAAGAGUGCUACAGGCCACAUUCCUCAGAUACGCGCCCGUCUACUCGUCCUCGCGAUUCUUCGAUCGCUAGGAAACAAUUCCAGCCAUGUUUCCGAAGCGCUUCGCCAUCAUAGCGCUGCUGACCUGCUUUUUCUUUGCCAUAUUUGUGUUCCAGUUUCAGAGAGAUCAGGGCAUUCUGCCGUCGACGACACGAUUUCUGUGCCCGUCAGCACCUCAGUCCACCUCGAAGCCCAACGCGACCGUCGACCUUUCUGAAGUUCCAUUCCCUAAGAAAAUAUGGCAGAGCUGGAAGUCUCCCGUGUCCAUGCUUGAGGGCGGUGACCUCGAUAACGUGCGAUCGUGGAAGAAGCUUAACCCCGAAUAUCGCUACGAGCUGCUCACGGACGCCGCAGCCGAGACAUAUGUGCUCGACACCUUCCUCGCAACCCGCCCGGACAUUGUCGAAGUCUUUCUUUCCCUGCAUAGCGUUAUCCUACGCUCCGACUUUUUGCGCUACCUCCUGUUGCUUGGCGAUGGCGGCGUCUACUCUGAUAUCGACACCAAGAACCUCAAGCCCGUGCGGGAUUGGAUUCCCUCCUGGUAUGCCGAAGAUACGAAUAUUGUUGUCGGCAUCGAGGUCGAUGAGCCUGAUGGUCAAAAGUGGUCUGGCUGGCGUUAUAACUACCAAUUCUGCCAGUGGACAAUCAUGUCCAAGCCGGGUCACCCUAUCAUCGAGACAGUUGUAGACAGAGUGAUCAAGUCGCUAUGGGACAUGGCAGACAAGCAGAAUACCACGCUUAACCGCGUCAAGACGUUUAGCGAAGAUGUCAUUGCAACUACAGGACCCGGCGCUUUCACAGACGCUGUCUUUGAAAUUCUUACGGAGCAGGCCGGCAAGAACAUCACUGCACAUGACAUUACGCGCUUGAAGUCACCAAAGCUACUUGGAGAUGUUCUCAUCCUUCCCGUAAACGCCUUCGCGCCCGGUCAGAGUCAUAGCAAGGCAGGCAAGCCCGAGGAUGAUGGGUCUCUGGUGCAGCAUAUGUGGAAGAGCUCCUGGUGGGGAGACAACCCGCAAGGAAACUUUGAGGAUCACAAGAAGAAGAAGGAAGAGGAAGAGGAACAAAAGAAGAAGGAGGAAGAGCAAAAGAGCCAAAAGGACGAAAACAACAGCGGCCAAGGAAAUGCUAAUCAAAAGAGGCAAGAAGACGGUUUGCGUCGCCAAGAAGAGGAGAGGUAGCGCCAACAACAGCAGUAACAACAGUAACGGAGGUCAUUGGAAUCGUAUGUGCAUCCUUAUCUGGGAUUAUUUAUUCUGGCGUUUAGGGUUUGGUGGGAGCCGGCCUGAUUUUAGUCGGCAGGCCUUUUCAUUUCCCCUGUCAAAUAUUUGGUCAUCCACGGCAUUUUUAUUUCUCACAUUUUUUUUUUAUAUCUCCGUCAAAACUUUGUAUCCGGUUCAGAUACAAUUCUUCAUGGGUUUGGUAUAAUCUUUACACUGCUGUCUCU